CUGCCAUCUUUCCUCUGUCCCCUCAGCGCUGCCGGUGGGGCGGAACUCUCUUCAUCGAUCAGUUGGUUUCUAGGAACCGCCGACGGACCUGGCUCUCCACCGUGGCUGCUCGUUACACAUCUGACUCCCAGCUUUGCCAGCUUGACACCGAAUCUCCUCAUCUUUCUACACCAUGGGAGAACGAGAGGACCUGGUUUAUCAGGCCAAACUCGCCGAGCAGGCGGAGAGAUAUGACGAGAUGGUGGAGUCUAUGAAGAAGGUGGCAGGAAUGGACGUGGAGCUCACAGUGGAGGAGAGGAACCUGCUGUCAGUGGCCUACAAGAACGUGAUCGGGGCUCGCAGAGCGUCCUGGAGGAUAAUCAGCAGCAUCGAGCAGAGGGAAGAGAACAAGGGUGGAGAGGAGAAGCUGAAGAUGAUCCGGGAAUACAGGCAAACGGUGGAGAAGGAGCUGAAGUCCAUCUGUGGGGACAUCCUGGACGCGCUGGACAGACAUCUGCUGCCCUCUGCAGCCAUGGGAGAGUCCAAGGUCUUCUACAACAAGAUGAAGGGCGACUACCACCGGUACCUGGCAGAGUUCGCCACCGGCAACAACAGAAAGGAGGCGGCGGAGAACAGCCUGGUGGCCUACAAAACGGCCACGGACCUGGCCAUGCUGGAGCUGCCGCCCACGCACCCCAUCCGCCUCGGCCUCGCCCUCAACUUCUCCGUCUUUUACUACGAGAUCCUCAACUCGCCCGACCGCGCCUGCAGGUUGGCGAAGGCUGCGUUCGAUGACGCCAUCGCAGAGCUGGACACGCUGAGUGAAGAAAGCUACAAGGACUCCACGCUUAUCAUGCAGUUGUUACGCGACAACCUGACAUUAUGGACUUCAGAUAUGCAGGGAGAGGCAGGUGAAGAACAGAACAAAGAGACGCUGCAGGACGUGGAGGACGAGGCCCAGUGAGACUCUGCCACGGACCGCCAACAACUCGAUGCCCCGCUCCCGCCCCUUCACACUCCUCCUCCCCCCCUCUGGAGCUCGCUGACCCUGCAGGGCCGUGGAGCUAGCGAGUUGAUUUUUCUCUUAUUUUUGUAUCAGCCCUCGCACAGUUUUCAAAAAAACCACUUAAUUGCGACAGGAAGUGAAGGUUGGAGAGAAAGAGAUCAAAGGGUCCCUGUUUGCUGUUUUUGUCCCGGUACAAGUAGUUCUGGAAAAAAAAAACAAAAAAAAAAACAAUCUUUGUUUUCAUUGUUGUAUUUUUGUUUUUUCCUCCACAUUUUUAUCAGUUGCUGGAUGUAUUGAGAUUUUUUUUGGUAAUGUAAUUACAGAAAUUAACUUUUAUUACUAAUAAUGUUGAAGAGUAGUCAUGGGAGCCGUUUUAUCCGUUUUUAGCGACGCGUCGAACAGAUUCUCUGACCUUUAUGGUGUUUUUUUUUUAACGGGCAGUUUGGAGGUUUUUCCGCUGCCGAUUGUUAGAUGGGUCGGAUCAUCCGGGGAAGAUCGCAGAACGUGCGAUAUCCACGUGGGGCAAAGAAGUGCUUGAUGUUUUACACUACAGUCAGUCCUGUUCCGUAGCCGUUCCUGUGUUUUGUGCUGAAAUACUGUACGUGUUUUUUCACAUGCUAAACUUCCCGACACUAACUUAUUUCUAACUGCUUUGGUUCUGCUCAAACAUCGGGAGGAGACGACUCCUCCGACGAGUGAAGAUGUCUGAAGGGGGGGCGGCAGCGCCGACAGGAGCUAACGCGUUAGCCUCUGCUGCUUCUCCCCUGCUUUUAUUCUGCUAGCGGUUUCAUUUUUUGCUUCCUUCGAUGUAACUUGGAGCUGAUUUGUACUACUGGAUAUCUGACUGGAGCCACAGACGGGGAAUCUGUAACGUUCUUAUUGAAACACAGCAUGGCAUUAACAUUAAACCAUCUAAAUUCAAA